AUACUUCUAUAUUGACUUUUGUAGUGAAAGUUUAUACAGAAGAAAAUGAUGAAGCAGGUUCUUCUUUUCUUCUGCUUUGCCUCUGCAUUAUCCCUUUCAGUCUCAGAAUCCAAAUCUAAUUCUCUUCAAAAUCCUGCAAUCGAUUCCUUCUCUUUUGGCUAUAUUCAGACGAAGACUCCACAGAACUGUUCUUACCUUGUAAUUAUAUCUACAAGUUGUUCAUCACCCAAGUUCACAUGGGAGAAGAUCGGAAUUGCUUUUGGAGAUGCUCAUGGCAACGAGAAGAAAAUGAUGAAGCAGGUUCUUCUUUUCUUCUGCUUUGCCUCUGCAUUAUCCCUUUCAGUCUCAGAAUCCAAAUCUAAUUCUCUUCUAAAUCCUGCUAUCGAUUCCUUCUCUUUUGGCUAUAUUCAGGUAUACAAAGAAAGAUUAGAUGGUCCAGGCACAUUCGAGCAAUGUUCUUUAGAUGUAUUUGAGAUAAAUGGGGCAUGUUUAUCCGAUAUUUGUUUUCUGUGGCUAUAUAGAUCUGGUGCAGUAGAUGAUUGGAAACCUGAAUCAGUGAAAAUCUCCUGCAACAAUGCAUGUUUUCCCAUCUUCAACAUACACUUCAAUAUAAACUUCUCCCUCCCUGACGCUGCCUGGUAUGGCUAUAAAUGGUGUAAUAGUGAUCCACCAUAUCUGGCAAAUGGCUUUCCCUUCCCAACUGGUGUUGUUUUCUUUUAAGGGAUGGUAAUGUUGUUUGAGUGUAAGAAUUUAUAGAAGGAAGUACUGAUGUUAUGAAUGAGGAAAAGUUUAUUUUAAUCA